AUGGGACCUAUCCAUCCUCAGGGAAUCUCCUAUGGGACCCCUAUGGGACCCUAUGGGACCCAUCCAUCCUCAGGGAAUCUCCUAUGGGACCCCUACGGGAUCUAUCCAUCCUCAGGGAAGCUCCUAUGGGACCCCUACGGGAUCUAUCCAUCCUCAGGGAAGCUCCUAUGGGACCCCUAUGGGACCCAUCCAUCCUCAGGGAAGCUCCUAUGGGACCCCUAUAGGACACAUCCAUCCUCAGGGAAGCUCCUAUGGGACCCCUAUGGAAGCCAUCCAUCUUCAGGGAAUCCCCUAUGGGACCCCUAUGGAAGCCAUCCAUCCUCAGGGAAUCUCCUAUGGGACCCCUAUGGAAGCCAUCCAUCUUCAGGGAAUCUCCUAUGGGACCCUUAUGGGACCCACCCAUCCUCAGGGAAUCUCCUAUGGAACCCCUAUGGGACCCUAUGGGACACAUCCAUCCUCAGGGAAUCUCCUAUGGGACCUUAUGGGACACAACCAUCCUCAGGGAAACCCCUAUGGGACCCCUAUGGGACACAUCCAUCCUCAGGGAAUCUCCUAUGGGACCCCUAUGGGACCCUAUGGGACACAUCCAUCCUCAGGGAAGCUCCUAUGGGACCCCUAUGGGACACAUCCAUCCUCAGGGAAUCCCCUAUGGGACCCCUAUGGGACCCAUCCAUCCUCAGGGAAUCUCCUAUGGGACCCCUAUGGGACCCCUAUGGAAGCCAUCCAUCCUCAGGGAAUCCCCUAUGGGACCCCUAUGGAAGCCAUCCAUCCUCAGGGAAUCUCCUAUGGGACCCAUCCAUCCUCAGGGAAUCCCCUAUGGAAGCCAUCCAUCCUCAGGGAAACCCCUAUGGGACCCCUAUGGGACCCAGAGAUCCACCAAGGAACCCCCUAUGGAAUCCCUAUGGAACCCACACAUCACUAAGGAAGCCCAUAUGGAAUCCAGAUGGAGCCCCAUAG